AUAUGAAAUUCAUCGUGAGUAUAGGGAUAUAGGCCUAUAUAUAAUCCUGAAGUUUUAUUAUCUGAUUAUAGGACUUAACUAAAAAACAGAUUUUUUUUCCAUGAAGGGAGACGAAUUACAAGCCCGACGAACGGUUAAUAUCAAUACAAAUUCCUUUUGAUUAUCUUAUGGAUGUUUUCGACAAGCAACAUUGUCGAGUUUGUUAACCUGUAUACGAUUCGUCAUCAUCGUUAUUGCUGUUGUUUUUGUCGUCGUCGUCUUCGUCACCAAGCUCUGAUUUAUGAGAGAAAAUCCGACCUUACACAAUGAAAACUUUUUCUGAGACUUGCACCAUCCUUAUAAUGGUUGGAACUGCAUUCAUUAACCCCUCGGAUGGGACGCAUACGAGUUGCAACAAAGAGCUUACGAUACCAACAUUUUCCCCGUGCGGUCAUGUGAAGGACGGUCGCGGUGAACUCGUCCAGACCAUCCAGGUUCUAGUCCCCAUCUCAUCGUACAUGACUAGCAGGUGCGGAGGGGGGCGGAGAAUGUUUGGCGUUGAAUGGGGGCAUAGAAUUUGCCGAUUUAAAGGCAAAUCAGAAGAAAACACUACCAUGCAAAUGACAUCAACCGAUUCUUCUUCGGCAGAAUCGGUGACAUUUGUCGUUGGAUCAACCACAGCAGAAACAACACCUGCAACAUCAAAUAUUCUGGACACCGAUAAACCACAGACAAAAAGUUCAAAUGUUACCGAAUUCACCUCUGGAAAAGACGUUGCAUCGGCAACCCCACUCCCCAAUUCAGCGCAGGCAACAUCUCGAUCUGUGUCAUCAACCCACUCUAAGAUGAUUUCAUCUGCCGCAAACAAAAUAACUGGGGACUUUGCUACAACUGAAAUAUCCACACCAACUCCAACCUCUCAACAACAAAUACCAAAAUCCACCGGUCCAAAGUUGACAGGAGCAGACACGUCGCAAACUCCUGACGGAUUUACCACAAAUGGAACACCGAUAAUUACAACCGAAAAACCAUCAACUACAGCCACUGAUACACCAGUUACAGCUCAAACAACAGCGCUAACAUCAGAAACUGCAACUGAUGCGCCGAUAAUGACUGUGACAGCACAAACGCCAACAACAGUUUCAAAUCAAAUAUCAUCGGUCAUUACAACUGAAGAAUCGUUAUCAACCACAACUGAAGCAUCUACAGCACUAGCCACAACUACAAUACCUACAGUGUUGACAACUCCAACACACAAAACAACCACCACCACUACCAAAAGUGAAUCACUUACAACUGUCACUACUCCAACACAGAUAGCAACAACCACAACCGAACCAUCUAUAACACCAGUCACAACUCCAAUACCUACAGCUGACACAAAUCCUACAACGGCAACAGCAGCUACAACAACCACAACAAAACCACCUACAAUUGUCACAACUCCAACACAAAUAGCAACAACCACAACUGAAUCUCCUACAGCACCAGUCACAACUCCAAUACCUACAGCUGACACAAAUCCUACAACGGCAACAGCAGCUACAACAACCACAACAAAACCACCUACAAUUGUCACAACUCCAACACAAAUAGCAACAACCACAACUGAAUCUCCUACAGCACCAGUCACAACUCCAAUACCUACAGCUGACACAAGUCCUACAAGAGCAACCACAACAAAACCACCUACAACUGUCACGACUCCAACACAUAUAGCAACAACCACAACUGUAUCCCCUACAACACCUGUCACAACUCCAAUACCUACAGCUGCCACAAGUCCUACAACGCCAACUACGCCAACUACAAUGACUGGAACAACCCAAAUAACAACGGUGGGCUCAACUGAGAUGAAAUGUGCAACAGUACACGACAAUUGUAAAGUGUUCGUUACUGACCAUCAAGACAAGCGUAUCCUCUGGGCCGAUCUACACGGACUACAGAGACUCAAGUUUUCGGUCUUCAAGACUCUUUCUGGAAAACCUUCGGAUGUUAAUUUUGACACGGUAGAACAAAAGUUGUACUGGUCGGACAACGAUAAUAAAAGGAUCUGGCGUGCUGAUCCUCUACCAGACUCCAUUCCGGAACACGUUACUAUGGAAAAUACGGAUGAUAAACCUCUUGGGAUUGUUAUCGCUGAGCAGGCCCGUUAUUUGUACUGCACCUACGAGAGCAAAGGAUGGAUUCAUCGUGUGACGCUUGGAGAUCCGAACAGUGAGACACCAUUUGAGGAAAAUAUAGACAAAGCCAGGGCCUUGGCCAUCGACGAAGUUAACGGGUACCUCUAUUGGAGCCGACAUGAAGGAAUUGAUCGAAAACGAUUGGAUGGUUCUGGUAGCAAACAAGUGGUUUUAGCAUUGCCAGAAUUCUCCAAGUUAUUUGGACUAACGAUCAACACUGAAGGAUCUCGACUUUUCUUCUGCGAUGAAAAUUCGAAAAAAGCUCUGUAUGUGGAUCUGUGGACUAGUGAUCCCCCCGUCUUACUGAUUGGUUCCCAGCAUAGCAUGGUCUUACGUGACGUCAGCAUGGACGGCAAUGGAGUUCUCUACUGGCUGCAGUCUGGCUAUAAACGUAUUGUUGUGAUGGUUGACUAUCUAACGAGCACGGAAUUGCUUUUUGAUGCACUGGAUGCAUUUGUCAACCCGCAACGAAUGCAUAUCGCCCGUAUCGCAUAGGCAGA